AAUGCGUGACUUCGGAUUUCUAGAAACGUCGGUCAUCGUGUCGAUUUCCCGCUCAUUUGCUGGUUCAAGUUGUUUUUCUCGUGUGUUCAAUCUGUAUUUUGCAUUUACCCUUCCAAAUGUCGGCCAACGAUACACCCACUUCAUCUGCAGUCAACAGUGAUACGACGGCAUCGGCAACUGCGACAGCUGAUGCUGUAGAUUAUUCCGGGUAUUACGAUCCCAAUCAGUAUUAUUAUGGUUAUGAUUAUUCAACAGGCAGCUACACAGGUGCUACGGCAGCCGACGGGUCAACAACGUAUGCCUACGACCCUUCGCAGUAUGAUGCGUCUCAGUACGAUGCGUCUCAGUACGAUGCAUCACAGUACAGUUAUGAUACGACUUAUGAUGCCAAUUACUAUGCACAAUAUUACGCUUCGGCUGCUGCUGCCGCCACUGCAACUGCUUCCAGUGCCACAGCCGCGGCGCAAGGCAACAAUACGACACCUUCACGAUUUACACCUGUUAUUCCUACCGCGGCAGGACAUAGCAAUACACCCCCCGUGACGAUCUCCACUUCAGGUUACACUGGCCCCAAGUCCGUAUCGGCCACGGGGUCGCCCGCGGAAAAGGAAGAGAAAAAGAAGGGUAAAAAGAAGAAUAUGGUGCGUGCCGCUGGUGGCGAGGUGUGGGAAGAUCCUACUCUGCUGGAGUGGGAAGAUAACGAUUUCAGAUUAUUUGCUGGUGAUCUCGGAAAUGAGGUCACGGAUGAACUGCUGUUCAAAACGUUCCAAAAAUACCCCAGUCUGCAACGAACGCGUGUGGUGCGAGACAAACGCACCGGCAAAUCCAAAGGAUUUGGAUUCAUCAGCUUCAAGGAUCCCAAUGACUUUGUCAAAGCAUGGCGAGAGAUGAACGGCAAAUAUGUCGGUAACCGACCGAUCAAGCUCAGAAAAAGUACAUGGAAGGAACGUAACAUGGAUGUACGAGUAAAGAAGGAACGCGAGCGAAUGGGACCUUAUUCUAAACUUCGAUAGAAUAAAAAAAAAGACCCAAUCCAUUCAUGAUCACUCAAUGUAAGAUACAAUA